AUGUCAGGUAAAGCCUGCUGGGCGCUGCAGGAGCCAGCAUUCAUUGCGGCGAGCCUGAGCGUACUGACAUCCGACAACUGCCCUUUCUCACCAAGCCCUGUGGGAACACCGUGUCUGCUGGGGACAACACCAGAAUAUGAGCAGUAUGGAGCUGAGGGAGUAGUGAAGCAAGGGGGUAGCUCCCAGGUGGCGAGAAAAAACCAGUGUGUGUCUGAUGUCACUGUGCAACUGGAGAUGAGGAGUCUUUGGGAGGAGUUCAAUAGCCUUGGCACCGAGAUGAUCGUCACCAAGGCUGGGCGGAGGAUGUUCCCCACCUUCCAGGUGAAGAUAUCUGGCAUGGAUCCCUUGGCUGAUUAUGUGCUGCUCAUGGACUUCGUGCCUUUGGAUGACAAGAGAUACCGAUAUGCAUUCCAUAGCUCUGCUUGGCUAGUAGCUGGCAAGGCAGAUCCUGCUACACCUGGCCGGGUUCACUUCCACCCUGACUCCCCUGCCAAGGGAGGCCAGUGGAUGAGGCAAAUCGUCUCCUUUGACAAGCUCAAGCUCACCAACAACCUGAUGGAUGACAAUGGCCAUAUCAUCCUGAACUCUAUGCAUAGGUACCAGCCACGUUUCCAUGUGGUGGUGGUGGAUCCCCGUCCAGACAGUGAGCGUUAUGCCCAGGAGAAUUUCAAGUCCUUCAUCUUUACUGAGACUCAGUUCAUGGCAGUGACAGCCUAUCAGAACCACCGGAUCACACAGCUGAAAAUUGCUAGCAAUCCCUUUGCAAAAGGGUUCCGGGAGUGCGAGCCAGAUGACUGGCCAGGGUCACCAGGGCAACUAUUAGGCUGCUUAUCUCGAAAUGGAGGUGUGGCUCCUUUAGCCCAGCUGCAGGAGACCCCAGAAAAGGGGUUUGCCAGCAAUCACCAUCUUCCUCCUUCCCCUCUCAGAGAAGCCUCCCAGCUGCAGCAUCCACCUCUGGUCACGCCUUCCACCCUCCCAGAUGUGUGCCUUGCUCGACGACCCUUGAGUGAAGCAGCAGGGGUCCUGCCCUACAAGCAUCUCUCCUAUCACAGCAUCUAUGUGGGAGCCCGCUCACGGGCAACGCCCUAUGCACUCCCCAGCAGCCGGGCCACCAGCUUUCACGCUCUCAACAUCUACACGGCUGGUGGCUAUGAACAAUGAAAGAACAGAGAUGUGCUGGACAGAUCAGGCAAUUCUCUCCUUUCCCAAGUUUGAACCUAUCCAAAGGAGUCACCUGAGGCCCACCUUCUUACUGAUAAUUGCACAGCCUGCUAAGGAAGUCUGCCCAUUCCACUGAAGGCACUUUGUGGACAGUACCUUCAAGCCAACCUGGCGUUUGUCCUCUUCCCUGCUCAAGGCAAACUGUGAACUUCUCACUUAUUGGUCCCCGGUAUAUGGAUUAUUAAACACUGUAACAGGGCCUGGGUGCAGAACCAUUCUCCUUUCACAGUAGUCGAGAGCCCAAGCUGAAGCAGGAAACAUACUUUGCUGAAGUGCUGGCACCAAUUCUGCUGCUUGUCUCUUUGAAACACUUCCAUUGUAAAUUAAUUCCUCCCUGUUCCCAAAUCCAUUGCAUUGAAAAAUGGCGCACGCACACCAAUUCUACAAAGCAGAAAUCCUAAACAAGCUUUGAGCCAAAAUAAACUUGAGAGGGGAAAAAAGCAGAGAAAGUUAA